AUGAGUUUCAAGGGAUUCCAAAAGGCGAUUGUUCGGGCGCCGCAGAACUUCCGCCAGAAGCUGCACAUGGGCACAGUUACUGAGGAUGCCGUCUAUAUGGAUGCCGAGAGACGAUUCCAAGAGCUGGAGUCGGAGACCAAGAGGCUCUCUGACGAGAGUAAGAGGUACCAUAAGGCUGUCAAUGAGAUGUUGGAUCAUCAGUUGAGUUUCUCCAAGGCUAUUGAGGAGAUUUACAAGCCAAUCAGUGGAAGAAUGAGCGAUCCGAAUUCUGCGAUUCCUGAGGGGAAUCCCGAAGGUAUUGAGGCGUGUGAGCAAUAUCGAGAUGUGGUUAAUGAAUUAAAGGAGACACUCAAGCCAGAUUUGGAGUUGAUUGAGACGAGAAUUGUGGAGCCUGCCCAAGAGCUGUUAAAGAUCAUCCAGGCAAUUAGGAAAAUGGCGACAAAGAGAAGCCAUAAACAAUUAGACUUGGAUAGGCAUCAAAAUACUCUAUCCAAGUAUCAGAACAAGAAGGACCCUAAACCGAAGGAUGAGGAGAAAAUUUACAAGUAUGAAAAUGAAGUUGCUAUUGCACAGCAAGAAUUUGAUUAUUAUAAUGAGAUGAUGAAGACCGAAUUACCGAUAUUAUUCCAAUUGGAGGCUGAGAUGGUGAAGCCAUUAUUUAUAUCGCUGUAUUAUAUGCAGUUGAAUGUUUUUUAUACACUUGCAUCUAGAAUGGAGGAAAUGAAGAUUCCAUACUUUGAUUUAUCACAGGAUAUCAUUGAAGCCUUCAAUUUGAAGAGGGGAGACAUUGAGGAACGAGCAGACGCCAUCAGUGUUACCCAUUUCAAAGUAGGUCAUGCUAAGUCGAAACUGGAAGCUACCAGAAGGCGUUUUGAGAUGCAGCAACAAGCCAAUGCGGGUGCUACCGGAUAUACUCCAGGUGCUCCAGGUGCUACCGGUUAUACUCCAGGUGCUACCGGUUAUGCUCCCGGUGCUACCGGCUAUGCGCCAAGUGCCGUCUCCUCGCCCGUGUCGAGCGUCCCCACAUACAACUCGUACGGUGCUACAGGGACCCCGCCAUCCACUGCCGGAUACACGGGCACCUAUCCGGGAGCAGCAAAUACAUACGGUGGAUACGGAUACGCCAACGAGAAGGCAGAACCCCCUGCAUAUUCCCCCGUAUCUCCAAUAUCACCUAUAGGUGCAACUACUACUCCUGUUGCUGGAGCAUUUGUGUCGCCCACAACGGCACCGCCCGCUGCGGCCAACGCCGCCGUGCCCGGCGUGUGCACGUGCACUGCGCUCUACGACUACACGGCGCAGGCUGCGGGGGACUUGACGUUCCGCGCGGGCGACGUGAUUACGGUCUACGAGAAAACCGACGCGAACGGGUGGUGGAAAGGUGAGCUUAAUGGCGUAAUGGGUGUUUUCCCCGGCAACUACGUCCAACUUAACCAGUAG